AUGCAAAUAGUAGCAAAUACCGGGCAUAUGGAGGGUCUACUAGAAGGAUUGGAGAUUGCAGUUAAGCUUCUAUCUAAGACUUCAUGCCAAGGACUUGAUGAAUUUAAGAUAUCAUAUUUUGGCAUGGCUGGAAGCUUUGGAGGAAACGAGACUCAAGCAAAAAACACGAACAAUGAUCAACAGGUUUUCAAGAAGGAAAUUUUCGUCAUCAAACACCAAAUCAACCAUGAACUCAAAAGACACGACGAUGAAGACGACCCCAAUGCGUUAAACCCUAGUUCUACCACUAGCGACACUCAAUCUCAGAGUUCAGGAGGAGCCGGAGUAAUUCCUACGGAUCUCAAAACCCUAAUCGCAGAAGAAGAUACUAUCGUUCUAAGAGGAGCUUCGAUUCCGAUUUGGACACCAGUUUGA